AUGCUGAACAUCACCCUGGAACCUAUGUGAGCAGCUCUGUGGAGUUUACCUGGACGUUGAUCCACUGACAUCAGCCCACAAGUGAAAGCUUCAGUCUGAGGCUGAGCACCAUCUGUUCCCGUAACCAGAGAACCACAUUUGCCUUCAGUCUGCUUUCUAAAACACACAUGACCUGCUGGAAGACCGUCAGCUGGGAGCAGGAAGACAGUUUUCCACCAUUAGGCUGAAACUCAGGAAACUUCCACCACUGUUUCCUGGUUUGGUUUGAAUAAAGUUUCUCUGACAGCUUUGCAUUAGCUCCUCUUUUCAUUUCUGGAAGAGCUGACUGAUAAGUGUUCUCUUAUUCUGCCUAUUCCAGUGAGCAAGGAGCAAACAUCAAUACUGGGGGUAUUAUAGCUCUGUAAGCAGGACCAUCACCCUCAGACCCGCUUCAUGUUUUAUAUUAACAGCCUGCAGCUCCAGCAUGACUGAUAUGAAGUCCAGAGAGGAGUUGCUGGCAGGCAGCGGGAUCAUUGAUCACUUCCUGCAUUCAUUCUGACUGCAGCCGCCCCCGUUUCAUCAAGCUGGCGUGACCUAUUCCUGCAAGAGCCGCCAGGAGCGAGCAGGUAUAAAUACAGGAGUGCAAGCCCCACCAGCAUUUACCCCGUCCUGUCCGAGUCCAGACCAGACCCCGGAACCAUGAAGGGUUGGAGGAGCAUCACUUUGGUUCUGACUCUUUUACUGCUGACAACCUUCAUCUCGCAGUCGUGGAGCGCUCCUAAGCAGAGCUCCUUCCAGCGGAGAAACUGGACCCCCCAGGCCAUGUUGUACCUGAAGGGCACACAGGGUCGUAGGUUCAUCUCUGAGGACCGAAAAGAAGGAGAUGUCUAUGACACGCUACACUUAGAGACCCGCAGCCAGAACACUGAGAAGCUGAGCGUGGACCAGGCCGCCACCAUCCUCCUUAACUUCCUGCAGCAGGCCAGAGAAGGAGUUGAUGAAAACCCAGAUGAGGUGUACCUCCAGGAGCUGCCGGUGUGGAAGAGAGAAUACUUCUGAGACGUUGUCUGAGACUAACGCUGUAAAUAUCACUUCUCUGAACAUGUUUGAAAUGUGAUGUUUUAAUAAAAGACUUGGAUUCAUAGCACUUUGAGUCUGGGAUUGACUGAAGUGUUGCAGCUUGUAAUGAAGCACAUGAACCAUGAAGAUGAAACACAGAUCCGUUCACCACAUUUACAGCAUCUCUGUUUUCUGCUAUACUGAAGCAGCAAUGUGUUGUUCAUAACCGAGAACUGAUUCUUUGUCAUUUACUAAGACAAGACUAAACUAAAUGUUUAUUCAGACUCUAUCUGGUAAAUCCACAAUGAUUCAUGAGAACAGCAUUAUUUAUCACAUUGUCAUCAUAAAAAGAUCACUAUCACUACUAUGUUGUUAAGAGACCUCUAUGUAGACCUGGACAUGAAGAUGAAGCCAAUUCCUGUCAGACCUUCCACCAAUCAGAGA